AUGAGCAUCAUUCAAGAAAUCUGGUCCGCGCCAUCAUGGAUUAUCAUUGUGGCUAUCAGCGCCUUCGCUUUCUCACUCGUAUGGAUUAGACACAAAGUAGCUGGAGUUCGAAUUCAGCUCGCCGGUGGUGCCAGGGCGCCAGUGCUGGCAGCCAACCUGUUUUCCGCUACCAAACUAUAUAUUGAUAUUGGGUCCCAUCAGUAUAAUAACAAGCUUGCCCAAUGGUGUAACGAUGUAUUGGAUAGCAAGCAAACCAAUUAUGCCGAGUUUAGUUUGACGGGGAAGAAGAGAGUUCUCAUUACACGGGAGCCUGAGCAGAUCAAGACCAUCUUAGCUACCAAAUUUGCCAACUUCGGACAUGGUCCGCAGUGGCAUCGUCUAUGGCGACCGUUUCUCGGCGAUGGCAUAUUUGCGACUGACGGUGAUGAUUGGCAUCGCAGCAGGGGGCUGAUUCGGCCAAUGUUUGUCAAGGACAGACUGCGAAAUCUGGUCAUUUUCGACAAUUGUACUAGGAAACUCUUGUCAAGAUUGCCACCAUCUGGAACGACAAUUGACAUCAAGGACUUGUUUUACAGAUGGACUCUGGAUACUACCACGGACUUUCUCCUAGGAGAAAAUACCAAUAGUUUGGACAAUCCCCAUGAUGAAGUUGCAGAAGCAAUGUCUGUCGCGCAAAGGAUUCAAAUGUACAUAUUCGUCUUAAACCCAAUAGCUCCUCUGAUUCCAAAAGGAGAGUAUUAUCGUUGCAUCAGAAAACUGGAAGAAUUCAUUGAACCAAUAAUCCAACGUGCUAUUUCAUUGCCUCAACAUGAGCUCGAGGAGCUUUCAAAGAUUGACAGUCAAUAUACCUUUCUUCAUAGCAUCGCUCGAGUUACAAAAGACCCAAAAGUCAUUCGGGACGAAAUAAUGUCAGUCCUCCUAGCUGGGAGGGAUACUACUGCAGCUACAUUGUCGUGGGUUAUGUAUGAGAUGGCAUAUGUCCCCGAGACUUGGGCGAAGCUGCGCGAGGAGAUCCUCAACGAAUUGGGUCCCCACGGCAUGCCGACGUACGAAACACUAAAGAAAAUGCAGUACCUGAAGAAUGUCCUCAACGAGGUGCUUCGACUUCACCCAGCUGUACCCAUCAACAUGCGUCAAGCUUUAGAGGACACUGUGAUCCCAGGUGCUCCUGGUCAACCCGACGUCGCCCUCCUGAAGGGAGAUACGGUCACAAUCAACACAAUUGGCAUGCAUGCCCGAAAAGACUUGUAUCCUCCUAUUUCCAAAGACUUUGCUGAUCCGGCCGUAUUCAGUCCAGAGCGUUGGGAACAUUGGAUCCCGACACCGUGGACCUACACACCGUUUAGUGGCGGACCUAGGAUAUGUGUGGGCCAGAACUUUGCUUUGACUGAAAUGGCCUUCUGCUUGGUUCGGUUAGCCCAAACAUAUGAGAGGCUGGAGUAUCGAGGAGACUGGCAUGCACAGCGCUUACGGGCUGACAUUAUCGGGACGCCUGCACUUGAAGUGCCCAUAGCGCUGUUCGAGCCAUAA